AUGUACGGCAGCGUGAUCUCCCAGCUGGCCGAAGCUGGGAUGGGCGGCUAUGCCUCGCACUCGGCAAAGCAGCUGUCUCCUGUAGUGGCGGCAGGCUACACCUGGCAGAUCAGGCACUUCCCCAAUGGCCGCAACGACGAAGGUGGAGACGAUGAUUGCAUCUCCCUGUACCUCGAGCUCGCUCAUGGCGAGUUGGCGACCAUGGAGACUACGGCGACCAGCACCACUCCCAGCUGCACAAUCAUCCCGUCCCUGUCCAGUUCAAGAUUAGACGACUUCAUCAAGUGGAAAGACCUGUACGAGUCCGGUGCCCUCAAGGACGACCGCUUCACGAUCAGGUGCGACAUCACCGCCAUCAGAGACUUCAGCGACCUGCUGUGGAAGCAAAAGCAUGGAGCGGACGUGGCCAUCGACGUCGCUGGGGAGACGUUCGACGCGCACGGGUGGCUGUUGGCGGCGUGGUAG